AUGGAUCAUCAGAAACUGGUGCCUCACCAAGAUCAGGAGGGUCAACAACUCCUGGAGGUUCAGCAACAACAGGCAAUUCAACAACUCCUGGAGGUUCAGCAACAACAGGCAAUUCAACAAUUCCUGGAAGUUCAGCAACAACAGGCAAUUCAACAAUUCCUGGAGGUUCAGCAACAACAGGCAAUUCAACAACUCCUGGAGGUUCAGCAACAACAGGCAAUUCAACAACUCCUGGAAGUUCAGCAACAACAGGCAAUUCAACAAUUCCUGGAAGUUCAGCAACAACAGGCAAUUCAACAACUCCUGGAGGUUCAGCAACAACAGUGCGACCUAAUCUUCGGAGAGCGAUUCCAGCAAACUUUCAUCGACACCGUUGUCAUCGAGUUUCGGCCAAUAACGGGAAAGGUGCAGGUAGAGGUGGGGCUCGAGUUCAACACAACGACUGAUCAAAUCCCAACAGCCGAUGUGGUUGUCGAUACCAUAAGAGAAGCCGUGAAUAAACCCAACAACACCUUCAACCUGCCUCUUGAUCCAAACUCCAUCACAGUUAUUCCUCCAGUAGUACCAACAACAACUACCGGGCCAAUGACAACUGGCUUUACUCUAACUUCCUCACCAGUUGUGGUUCUCACAGCAACCUUGGAAAAACCAUUUGUAAAAGAACUCAAAAAUCGCAGCAGUGAACAGUACAGAGAACUUGAAAGACAAGUGGUAACAACGUGCGACCUAAUCUUCAGAGAGAGAUUCUGGCUCAUUUUCUUCCGCACCUUUGUCAUCGCGUUUCGGCCAAUAGACGGAAAUGUGGAGAUAGAGGUGGGGCUCGAGUUCAACACAACGACUGAUCAAAUCCCAACAGCCGAUGUGGUUGUCGAUACCAUAAGAGAAGCCGUGAAUAAACCCAACAACACCUUCAACCUGCCUCUUGAUCCAAACUCCAUCACAGUUAUUCCUCCAGUAGUACCAACAACAACUACCGGGCCAAUGACAACUGGCUUUACUCUAACUUCCUCACCAGUUGUGGUUCUCACAGCAACCUUGGAAAGACCAUUUGUAAAAGAACUCGAAAAUCGCAGCAGUGAACAGUACAGAGAACUUGAAAGACAAGUGGUAACAACGUGCGACCUAAUCUUCAGAGAGAGAUUCUGGCUCAUUUUCUUCCGCACCUUUGUCAUCGCGUUUCGGCCAAUAGACGGAAAUGUGGAGAUAGAGGUGGGGCUCGAGUUCAACACAACGACUGAUCAAAUCCCAACAGCCGAUGUGGUUGUCGAUACCAUAAGAGAAGCCGUGAAUAAACCCAACAACACCUUCAACCUGCCUCUUGAUCCAAACUCCAUCACAGUUAUUCCUCCAGUAGUACCAACAACAACUACCGGGCCAAUGACAACUGGCUUUACUCUAACUUCCUCACCAGUUGUGGUUCUCACAGCAACCUUGGAAAGACCAUUUGUAAAAGAACUCGAAAAUCGCAGCAGUGAACAGUACAGAGAACUUGAAAGACAAGUGGUAACAACGUGCGACCUAAUCUUCAGAGAGAGAUUCUGGCUCAUUUUCUUCCGCACCUUUGUCAUCGCGUUUCGGCCAAUAGACGGAAAUGUGGAGAUAGAGGUGGGGCUCGAGUUCAACACAACGACUGAUCAAAUCCCAACAGCCGAUGUGGUUGUCGAUACCAUAAGAGAAGCCGUGAAUAAACCCAACAACACCUUCAACCUGCCUCUUGAUCCAAACUCCAUCACAGUUAUUCCUCCAGUAGUACCAACAACAACUACCGGGCCAAUGACAACUGGCUUUACUCUAACUUCCUCACCAGUUGUGGUUCUCACAGCAACCUUGGAAAGACCAUUUGUAAAAGAACUCGAAAAUCGCAGCAGUGAACAGUACAGAGAACUUGAAAGACAAGUGGUAACAACGUGCGACCUAAUCUUCAGAGAGAGAUUCUGGCUCAUUUUCUUCCGCACCUUUGUCAUCGCGUUUCGGCCAAUAGACGGAAAUGUGGAGAUAGAGGUGGGGCUCGAGUUCAACACAACGACUGAUCAAAUCCCAACAGCCGAUGUGGUUGUCGAUACCAUAAGAGAAGCCGUGAAUAAACCCAACAACACCUUCAACCUGCCUCUUGAUCCAAACUCCAUCACAGUUAUUCCUCCAGUAGUACCAACAACAACUACCGGGCCAAUGACAACUGGCUUUACUCUAACUUCCUCACCAGUUGUGGUUCUCACAGCAACCUUGGAAAGACCAUUUGUAAAAGAACUCGAAAAUCGCAGCAGUGAACAGUACAGAGAACUUGAAAGACAAGUGGUAACAACGUGCGACCUAAUCUUCAGAGAGAGAUUCUGGCUCAUUUUCUUCCGCACCUUUGUCAUCGCGUUUCGGCCAAUAGACGGAAAUGUGGAGAUAGAGGUGGGGCUCGAGUUCAACACAACGACUGAUCAAAUCCCAACAGCCGAUGUGGUUGUCGAUACCAUAAGAGAAGCCGUGAAUAAACCCAACAACACCUUCAACCUGCCUCUUGAUCCAAACUCCAUCACAGUUAUUCCUCCAGUAGUACCAACAACAACUACCGGGCCAAUGACAACUGGCUUUACUCUAACUUCCUCACCAGUUGUGGUUCUCACAGCAACCUUGGAAAGACCAUUUGUAAAAGAACUCGAAAAUCGCAGCAGUGAACAGUACAGAGAACUUGAAAGACAAGUGGUAACAACGUGCGACCUAAUCUUCAGAGAGAGAUUCUGGCUCAUUUUCUUCCGCACCUUUGUCAUCGCGUUUCGGCCAAUAGACGGAAAGGUGGAGAUAGAGGUGGGGCUCGAGUUCAACACAACGACUGAUCAAAUCCCAACAGCCGAUGUGGUUGUCGAUACCAUAAGAGAAGCCGUGAAUAAACCCAACAACACCUUCAACCUGCCUCUUGAUCCAAACUCCAUCACAGUUAUUCCUCCAGUAGUACCAACAACAACUACCGGGCCAAUGACAACUGGCUUUACUCUAACUUCCUCACCAGUUGUGGUUCUCACAGCAACCUUGGAAAGACCAUUUGUAAAAGAACUCGAAAAUCGCAGCAGUGAACAGUACAGAGAACUUGAAAGACAAGUGGUAACAACGUGCGACCUAAUCUUCAGAGAGAGAUUCUGGCUCAUUUUCUUCCGCACCUUUGUCAUCGCGUUUCGGCCAAUAGACGGAAAUGUGGAGAUAGAGGUGGGGCUCGAGUUCAACACAACGACUGAUCAAAUCCCAACAGCCGAUGUGGUUGUCGAUACCAUAAGAGAAGCCGUGAAUAAACCCAACAACACCUUCAACCUGCCUCUUGAUCCAAACUCCAUCACAGUUAUUCCUCCAGUAGUACCAACAACAACUACCGGGCCAAUGACAACUGGCUUUACUCUAACUUCCUCACCAGUUGUGGUUCUCACAGCAACCUUGGAAAGACCAUUUGUAAAAGAACUCGAAAAUCGCAGCAGUGAACAGUACAGAGAACUUGAAAGACAAGUGGUAACAACGUGCGACCUAAUCUUCAGAGAGAGAUUCUGGCUCAUUUUCUUCCGCACCUUUGUCAUCGCGUUUCGGCCAAUAGACGGAAAGGUGGAGAUAGAGGUGGGGCUCGAGUUCAACACAACGACUGAUCAAAUCCCAACAGCCGAUGUGGUUGUCGAUACCAUAAGAGAAGCCGUGAAUAAACCCAACAACACUUUCAACCUGCCUCUUGAUCCAAACUCCAUCACAGUUAUUCCUCCAGUAGUACCAACAACAACUACCGGGCCAAUGACAACUGGCUUUACUCUAACUUCCUCACCAGUUGUGGUUCUCACAGCAACCUUGGAAAGACCAUUUGUAAAAGAACUCGAAAAUCGCAGCAGUGAACAGUACAGAGAACUUGAAAGACAAGUGGUAACAACGUGCGACCUAAUCUUCAGAGAGAGAUUCUGGCUCAUUUUCUUCCGCACCUUUGUCAUCGCGUUUCGGCCAAUAGACGGAAAGGUGGAGAUAGAGGUGGGGCUCGAGUUCAACACAACGACUGAUCAAAUCCCAACAGCCGAUGUGGUUGUCGAUACCAUAAGAGAAGCCGUGAAUAAACCCAACAACACCUUCAACCUGCCUCUUGAUCCAAACUCCAUCACAGUUAUUCCUCCAGUAGUACCAACAACAACUACCGGGCCAAUGACAACUGGCUUUACUCUAACUUCCUCACCAGUUGUGGUUCUCACAGCAACCUUGGAAAGACCAUUUGUAAAAGAACUCGAAAAUCGCAGCAGUGAACAGUACAGAGAACUUGAAAGACAAGUGGUAACAACGUGCGACCUAAUCUUCAGAGAGAGAUUCUGGCUCAUUUUCUUCCGCACCUUUGUCAUCGCGUUUCGGCCAAUAGACGGAAAGGUGGAGAUAGAGGUGGGGCUCGAGUUCAACACAACGACUGAUCAAAUCCCAACAGCCGAUGUGGUUGUCGAUACCAUAAGAGAAGCCGUGAAUAAACCCAACAACACCUUCAACCUGCCUCUUGAUCCAAACUCCAUCACAGUUAUUCCUCCAGUAGUACCAACAACAACUACCGGGCCAAUGACAACUGGCUUUACUCUAACUUCCUCACCAGUUGUGGUUCUCACAGCAACCUUGGAAAGACCAUUUGUAAAAGAACUCGAAAAUCGCAGCAGUGAACAGUACAGAGAACUUGAAAGACAAGUGGUAACAACGUGCGACCUAAUCUUCAGAGAGAGAUUCUGGCUCAUUUUCUUCCGCACCUUUGUCAUCGCGUUUCGGCCAAUAGACGGAAAGGUGGAGAUAGAGGUGGGGCUCGAGUUCAACACAACGACUGAUCAAAUCCCAACAGCCGAUGUGGUUGUCGAUACCAUAAGAGAAGCCGUGAAUAAACCCAACAACACCUUCAACCUGCCUCUUGAUCCAAACUCCAUCACAGUUAUUCCUCCAGUAGUACCAACAACAACUACCGGGCCAAUGACAACUGGCUUUACUCUAACUUCCUCACCAGUUGUGGUUCUCACAGCAACCUUGGAAAGACCAUUUGUAAAAGAACUCGAAAAUCGCAGCAGUGAACAGUACAGAGAACUUGAAAGACAAGUGGUAACAACGUGCGACCUAAUCUUCAGAGAGAGAUUCUGGCUCAUUUUCUUCCGCACCUUUGUCAUCGCGUUUCGGCCAAUAGACGGAAAUGUGGAGAUAGAGGUGGGGCUCGAGUUCAACACAACGACUGAUCAAAUCCCAACAGCCGAUGUGGUUGUCGAUACCAUAAGAGAAGCCGUGAAUAAACCCAACAACACCUUCAACCUGCCUCUUGAUCCAAACUCCAUCACAGUUAUUCCUCCAGUAGUACCAACAACAACUACCGGGCCAAUGACAACUGGCUUUACUCUAACUUCCUCACCAGUUGUGGUUCUCACAGCAACCUUGGAAAGACCAUUGGUAAAAGAACUCGAAAAUCGCAGCAGUGAACAGUACAGAGAACUUGAAAGACAAGUGGUAACAACGUGCGACCUAAUCUUCAGAGAGAGAUUCUGGCUCAUUUUCUUCCGCACCUUUGUCAUCGCGUUUCGGCCAAUAGACGGAAAUGUGGAGAUAGAGGUGGGGCUCGAGUUCAACACAACGACUGAUCAAAUCCCAACAGCCGAUGUGGUUGUCGAUACCAUAAGAGAAGCCGUGAAUAAACCCAACAACACCUUCAACCUGCCUCUUGAUCCAAACUCCAUCACAGUUAUUCCUCCAGUAGUACCAACAACAACUACCGGGCCAAUGACAACUGGCUUUACUCUAACUUCCUCACCAGUUGUGGUUCUCACAGCAACCUUGGAAAGACCAUUUGUAAAAGAACUCGAAAAUCGCAGCAGUGAACAGUACAGAGAACUUGAAAGACAAGUGGUAACAACGUGCGACCUAAUCUUCAGAGAGAGAUUCUGGCUCAUUUUCUUCCGCACCUUUGUCAUCGCGUUUCGGCCAAUAGACGGAAAUGUGGAGAUAGAGGUGGGGCUCGAGUUCAACACAACGACUGAUCAAAUCCCAACAGCCGAUGUGGUUGUCGAUACCAUAAGAGAAGCCGUGAAUAAACCCAACAACACCUUCAACCUGCCUCUUGAUCCAAACUCCAUCACAGUUAUUCCUCCAGUAGUACCAACAACAACUACCGGGCCAAUGACAACUGGCUUUACUCUAACUUCCUCACCAGUUGUGGUUCUCACAGCAACCUUGGAAAGACCAUUUGUAAAAGAACUCGAAAAUCGCAGCAGUGAACAGUACAGAGAACUUGAAAGACAAGUGGUAACAACGUGCGACCUAAUCUUCAGAGAGAGAUUCUGGCUCAUUUUCUUCCGCACCUUUGUCAUCGAGUUUCGGCCAAUAGACGGAAAUGUGGAGAUAGAGGUGGGGCUCGAGUUCAACACAACGACUGAUCAAAUCCCAACAGCCGAUGUGGUUGUCGAUACCAUAAGAGAAGCCGUGAAUAAACCCAACAACACCUUCAACCUGCCUCUUGAUCCAAACUCCAUCACAGUUAUUCCUCCAGUAGUACCAACAACAACUACCGGGCCAAUGACAACUGGCUUUACUCUAACUUCCUCACCAGUUGUGGUUCUCACAGCAACCUUGGAAAGACCAUUUGUAAAAGAACUCGAAAAUCGCAGCAGUGAACAGUACAGAGAACUUGAAAGACAAGUGGUAACAACGUGCGACCUAAUCUUCAGAGAGAGAUUCUGGCUCAUUUUCUUCCGCACCUUUGUCAUCGCGUUUCGGCCAAUAGACGGAAAUGUGGAGAUAGAGGUGGGGCUCGAGUUCAACACAACGACUGAUCAAAUCCCAACAGCCGAUGUGGUUGUCGAUACCAUAAGAGAAGCCGUGAAUAAACCCAACAACACCUUCAACCUGCCUCUUGAUCCAAACUCCAUCACAGUUAUUCCUCCAGUAGUACCAACAACAACUACCGGGCCAAUGACAACUGGCUUUACUCUAACUUCCUCACCAGUUGUGGUUCUCACAGCAACCUUGGAAAGACCAUUUGUAAAAGAACUCGAAAAUCGCAGCAGUGAACAGUACAGAGAACUUGAAAGACAAGUGGUAACAACGUGCGACCUAAUCUUCAGAGAGAGAUUCUGGCUCAUUUUCUUCCGCACCUUUGUCAUCGCGUUUCGGCCAAUAGACGGAAAGGUGGAGAUAGAGGUGGGGCUCGAGUUCAACACAACGACUGAUCAAAUCCCAACAGCCGAUGUGGUUGUCGAUACCAUAAGAGAAGCCGUGAAUAAACCCAACAACACUUUCAACCUGCCUCUUGAUCCAAACUCCAUCACAGUUAUUCCUCCAGUAGUACCAACAACAACUACCGGGCCAAUGACAACUGGCUUUACUCUAACUUCCUCACCAGUUGUGGUUCUCACAGCAACCUUGGAAAGACCAUUUGUAAAAGAACUCGAAAAUCGCAGCAGUGAACAGUACAGAGAACUUGAAAGACAAGUGGUAACAACGUGCGACCUAAUCUUCAGAGAGAGAUUCUGGCUCAUUUUCUUCCGCACCUUUGUCAUCGCGUUUCGGCCAAUAGACGGAAAGGUGGAGAUAGAGGUGGGGCUCGAGUUCAACACAACGACUGAUCAAAUCCCAACAGCCGAUGUGGUUGUCGAUACCAUAAGAGAAGCCGUGAAUAAACCCAACAACACCUUUCAACCUGCCUCUUGA